CCCAGGACGCCCCUCUCUCUCCCUCACUCUGCUUUCAAAGCCAACCUAGGUCUAUCUUUGCCGCUUUUCUAUCAUGGAAAUGUUUUUUAAUGGGUGGCGUUAAGAGUGUCGGUCUUAUUUUUACUUUCAUAUUCUGAAAUGUACGACCGUCUGGAUCCCCGCUCGGCCGAGAGAGGAAGGCUUUUUGUAGGUAUAAUACAAGGAAGCGUCGUCUGAGAGAGGGAGAGAGAGGGGGAAGGAUUGACGCUUUUUCCUCCUCUCCUCCUCCUUCUUCCUUUCGCCCCCCUCUCCUCCUCCUUUUGGCGGAGAGAGGGGUUUAGGCAGGAAUAAACGCUUUUUUGGGUGUUUUUCUUUUUCUUUCUCUCUUUUUUUAAAUGCAUUUGAAUCCUACUGCGCAACCAGCCCGGAUCACGUGGGAUUGGAGAGAGUUGGAUCGAUUUUGCACAGUUCAAUGUGAGAAAAAGAGAGAAACAAACAACUCCUAUUUCUUUUUUACUUCUGUGGAUAACUGGGACUGUUGAUACUUUUGCAUAAUUUAAAGAGAAGGGGGUGUCUGAGUGGGCUCUUUUUUCAGCCUUGGGGGUGUGGAGUAUUAAUUCUUAUAUGCCUGGGUUUUGAAAAACAAUGGAGACGCACAUUUCGUGCCUCUUCCCGGAAAUUUUGGCCAUGAUUUUCAGCUAUCUGGACGUGAGGGACAAAGGCAGGGUAGCCCAAGUGUGUAUCGCUUGGAGGGACGCAUCCUACCACAAGUCAGUGUGGAGGGGGGUGGAGGCCAAGCUGCACCUCCGCCGGGCCAAUCCCUCCCUGUUCCCCAGCCUCCAGGCCAGGGGCAUCCGGAGGGUCCAGAUCCUCUCCCUGCGCCGCAGCCUGAGCUAUGUGAUCCAGGGAAUGCCUAACAUCGAGUCUCUCAACCUGUCCGGCUGCUACAACCUCACAGAUAACGGGCUGGGCCAUGCAUUUGUGCAGGAGAUCCCAUCACUGAGGGUUUUGAACCUGAGUCUGUGCAAGCAGAUCACAGACUCCAGUCUUGGCAGGAUAGCCCAGUAUCUGAAGAACCUGGAGGUGCUGGAGCUUGGUGGCUGCAGCAACAUCACCAACACUGGGUUACUGUUGAUAGCCUGGGGCCUCCACAGGCUCAAGAGCCUCAAUUUGAGGUCCUGCAGGCAUGUGUCAGAUGUGGGGAUUGGACAUUUGGCGGGCAUGACCCGCAGCGCGGCAGAGGGCUGCUUGAACCUGGAGUAUCUGACUCUCCAGGACUGUCAGAAACUGACGGACCUGUCACUCAAACACAUUUCCAAGGGGCUGACCAAGCUCCGGGUACUGAACCUGAGCUUCUGUGGGGGGAUCUCAGACGCGGGGAUGAUCCACCUUUCUCACAUGGCCUCUCUGUGGAGCCUUAACCUGCGCUCCUGUGACAACAUCAGUGACACAGGGACCAUGCACCUUGCCAUGGGCACCCUAAGGCUCUCCGGGCUUGACGUUUCCUUCUGCGACAAGAUAGGGGACCAGACCCUGGCUUACAUUGCCCAGGGGCUGUACCAGCUCAAGUCCCUGUCCCUUUGCUCGUGCCACAUCUCUGACGACGGGAUAAACCGGAUGGUGAGGCAGAUGCACGAGCUGAGGACUCUGAACAUUGGACAGUGUGUACGUAUUACGGACAAAGGGCUGGAGCUCAUAGCUGACCACCUGACCCAGCUGGCGGGCAUUGACCUGUAUGGAUGUACCAAGAUCACCAAGAGGGGACUGGAGAGGAUCACACAGCUCCCCUGCCUUAAAGUGUUGAACCUGGGACUCUGGCAGAUGACAGAGAGUGAGAAAGUGAGGUGAUUGGAAAUGCUUUUUUUUGUUUUUUUUUUGGUUUCUGUUUUGUUUUGUUCUUUUUGUUUUUGAGGGCAGAGGGGGGCAUGGGGAGCAGGAGGGGGGUGAUUGGAUGGGCGGGGAAAUGUCUUUUCUUAUUUAAAAAGAGAGAAAACCUCCCUGUUCCCUCCUAUGUAGUUCUGUAGGGUGUGCUUCUCCCAUAUGACCAGAAUUUUGUUUUUCUUUAUGUUUCAUUCUGUUGGCCUUGCAGGAUUUAAAGUAGUGUUUGAUAUGACUUAAUAUUCUGCCUGAUAGGAAGCAAUUAAAAAUUUACUUUUGUUACGAGCUCAUGAAAACCCCUGUUAACAAUUGUUUUGAUCUCUUUUUAAGUUUUAAUAUUAAUUCCGACAUUGGACUGAAGUAGCUGCAAUGCAAAUCAGCUUGUUUCACACAUUAAAAAAAAAUUGAAGUGUCAUUUUUCUUGACACCAGUAGAAUAAUCUGCUUAAUUUACUGACACCUGCUUCCAGAAAAUUCUUGAAAGUGAAACUUGCAUCCAUCCAAACUGGCAGAUUUCUAUUUUUUUUAUUUAGCAAAGUGAGGUUUUCAAAAAAAAAAAAACUUGAGACUUUUUUUGUUGUUUUUUUUUGGACAGUGAGUCUUUGAUUUGAGACAUUUAUUACGACUAAUCUCCGCUACAGCCAUCACGCCUAAAAAACCAUUUGGCUACCUCGUACGUGGUUGUUUUCAAAGGGUGUACACUGUUUUAAAAAAAAAAAAAUGAAAAGAAAAAGAAAGAAGGAAAGCGAGAAUGAGAGACUGGGAGAAAAUGUGCCUAGAGGGACUGUGUCUGCCCCCUCCCCCCAUCCCCCCUCCCUUCCCUCCCUCCUUCCAUGAGCAGAGCUGGAGAAAGGAGACCAGGACACAAUCUAACUACCUUUUGUUAAUUUCCCCCCCCCCCCCCAUAAACAGCAACAAUUUCCCAGAGAGAGAGAGGAAGAGAGAGAAAGCUGUAAAAAUCUAUUCAGAUUACAAGAGGACGAUGCUUUAUGCAAAAAAAACAAAAACAAACUCUGCUUGUGUGCAAGAGCUUAUUUUUAAAAAUUGUUUCCUUCAUUUUUUUAGGGAUGAAGUCCAACUUUAUCACCCUUUAGAGAUGUGUUGUAUUCAAGCUUUGAUCAAUAUAAAGGAGACAAGAUUCUCAGCUUACCCUUAGAAGAAAUACCUGGAGUAUCCUAUAAUAAUAAUAAUAAUAAUAAUAAUAAUAAUAAUAAUGAUAACAGUGAUAAUGCGAGAUAACACAUAACCAAAACGCAUGAUCAGGCCGUUUCAUAGCAGAACAUAUAUAUAAACUUUGUAAGCAUAUUAUAGGACUACUAAGCUUUAGGUGUUUUUUUUUUUGUAGGGGAUGCUGGUGGAAAUAAAUGUCAGCGGAUGUUGUUCAGAGUGGCGUACUUCAAAUUGAAGUGAUUUCUCUUUAUAGAUAUCUUAUACCCUUUAUUGAUUGAAACGAAUCAGGGUUGUUUAUUUUCCCACGUUAAUGCCAACACAGGUCGCAUUCAUAGUCAUGUAGAGAAGAGGGUAGAGGUAUCUUUUUCUCCCCCCCCCCUUCCCUCCAUCUCUCCCUCCUCUCUGAAUAAAAACACCCUGAGUCCAUUUUGGAGACAUAUGCUUAGAAUAAGGAGCAAUCGAUUAUUUUCUCUCUCUCCGUCUCGGGUUACAAAAAACCGAAUGCGUCUCUCUUUCUCUCUCCCCACAUCUCUCUCUCUCUCUCUCUUUCUUUCUUUCACACAUUCACACAUAUACACACACACAUGCACAAGCGUGU